AUGGAGUACUAUGCAGAAAUAUUAAAAGGAACCUGGAACAGGUGGGAGAAGGUAGAUGGCGAUUUAUAUAUAGAGAAGCGAAUAAGGCGGCUCAUAUUAUGGCGCAUACAGAGUCUCGUUGGGAUGAGGGUAUUGUAUGGCUGGAUAAACCACCAAUGA